AUGCCUCGUCUUGCCAACCUCGCUGCUUUGCUCGCUGCCCUUGGGCCUGCCCUCGCCACCGCCGCUCUCGCGGAUGGCGUGUACACCGAGACCAUUGGUGCUCAGGAAGUCGGCAGCACCACCAUUGACGGCACCAUGGUCUACUCCAUGAACUACUGCUCCGUCGUUCACAGCACCCAGUGCUACACUUCGCUCUCCACCGGCGGCCCUGCUCCCACCAGCAUCCCCGGGUACUCCUCCGCCUCGUCGCCUCCCGCUCCGACUUACGGCCAGCCCGGCGGCGGCGGAAGCAGCAGCAGAAGCAGUUCGGUCCAUGUCCCGACCUCUGUCAGCAGCGGCAGCUCCGUCGAGAACCCCUCGACCACGCCCGUCGUCAGCAGCGAGAGCGUCACUGGGGAGCCCACCAGCACCACCGCCACCACUAGCAAGGACGGCGGCAGCAGCACGACCAAAAUUCCCGACGUGCCUACCGGUGCCGCUGUCAUGGGCGCCUCGGUCAUGGGCAACGUCCUUGUGGCUGCUCUUGCUGCCUUUGUCGUCUGA